AUGGUUCUAAUGCGAGGACUGCUAGGCUCUGGAAAAUUCACAUUAGCGAUAAAACAGAAGGGCACGACUGGUGUCAUUCUGUCUACAGAUAGUUAUUUUUACAAUACACGUGGUAAAUAUGGCUAUGAUCCUUCGAGGAUUGGCGAUGCUCAUCAGUGGAAUAAACAAAGAGAACACCAGAAACUACAGGACGGCAAAACCUCCAUAAUACUUGAUAAUACCAAUUUACAGACAUUGGAAAUGAAACCAUAUGUUAAACUUGGCCUUCAAUAUGACUAUGAGGUUGACAUUUUGGAUGCAGAUACGCCAUGGAAGCUUAAUCCAGAUGAACUUGCCAGAAGAAAUUCACAUGGGGUGCCAAAAAAAUAA